AUGCUGAGCAACCCGCUAAGAAGGUCAAGGACGCCGCACAUGCUGACCAAGGGCUACACGAAACUCUUUGAGAUUCAGUCCCGAACCUUUACCCCCAUCCUCGAGGGCAAGGAUAUCUUGGGCAAGGCCCGCACGGGUGAGGGCAAGACCCUCUCGUUUGCUUUGCCCAUCAUUGAGCUGCUCCUCAAGGAAGGCCGCAACGGCCGUGGCCGUGCCCCCCGUGCCCUCUGCAUGGCUCCUACCCGUGAGUUGGCUCAUCAGGUUGGCAAGGAGUUUGCCGACAUUGGUCCCAGCCUCGCCUCCACCUGUGUCUAUGGUGGCGCCCCCUACAUGCCCCAAGAGAGCGCUAUUCGCCGUGGCCUCGACGUCAUCAUUGGCACCCCCGGUCGUCUGAAAGACCAUCUUGACAAGGGCACCCUGAAGCUCACCGACAUCAAGUACCUCAUUCUCGAUGAGGCUGAUCGCAUGCUGGAGCAGGGCUUUGUCGAGGCCAUUGACGAGAUUCAGAAGAUGACCAUUGCCCAGUCUGGCGGCAAGCCCCAAAUGAUCCUUUUCAGUGCCACCAUGCCCGAUUUCAUCCUCUCCACCGUGAAGAACUACAUGCCCAAUCACGUCACCGUCGACACGGUGGGCAGCUCUCGCAACCGUACUUCCAAGGGUGUGGAUCAUUUGGCCAUCAAGUGCCCCUGGACUGAGCGUCGUGCCGUGAUUGCCGAUGUCGUGCAAAUGUACUCGGGCGCCCACGGUCGCACCAUCAUCUUUACCCAAACCAAGAAGGAUGCCAACGAGCUGGCCCUCGAGACAGACCUGCGUCAAGAAGUCCAGGUUCUUCAUGGUGAUAUCCCUCAGAAGCAGCGUGAAAUGUCCCUCCAGGCUUUCCGCGACGGCAAGGUUCGCUGCCUCGUUGCCACCGACGUGGCGGCGCGUGGUCUCGAUAUUCCCGAGGUCGACCUUGUCGUGCAGUGCGAGCCUCCCAAGGAUGUCGAGUCGUACAUCCAUCGCUCAGGCCGUACCGGUCGUGCCGGCCGCACGGGUACCUGCAUCUGCUUCUACAAGCCCAACCAAGAGGACGCCAUGCGUUACGUGGAACGCCGCGCCGGUAUUUCCUUCCGUCGCAUUGGUGCCCCGCAACCUGAGGAUGUCAUCAAGGCUUCGGCUCGUGAUGCCUUCCGCUCCCUCGAGGCCAUCAACGACUCUGUCCUCGCCCACUUCAAGGAUGCCGCUCGUGAGCUCAUUGAGGAGCGUGGUGCCGAAGCUGCCCUGGCCGCAGCUCUGGCCCACAUCAGCGGUGCCACGGAAAUCAAGACACGCUCGUUGCUUUCCAGCAUGGCUGAUUACACCACCCUCCACAUCAAGGUUGAGACUGAAAUUCGCACCAAGGGCUUUGUCUGGACCCUGAUUCGCAAGUACUUCCCCGAGGACGCCCACAACGAAAUCAAGGGUCUGCGUCUGCAAAAGGACAAGCAAGGCUCCGUCUUUGAUGUGCCUACCAAGAUGGUGGAUGGCAUCAUGGCUGCUUGGAACGAUAGCCCCACUGUCACCAUGGAGGUGUGCAAGGAGCUUCCAGAGCUCGAGGCUCAGGAGAACUCGUACGGCGGCGGUGGCUAUGGUGGCGGCGGCUAUGGCGGUCGCAGCUACGGUGGUCGUGGCGGUGGCUAUGGCGGCCGUGGCCGUGGUGGCAACUCGUAUGGCCGCGGCGGUGGUCGUGGUGGCUCGCGACACAACGGUGGUGGUGGUGGUGGUCGCUACCAAGGUGGCGGUGGCUUCCGUCGCUAA